AGUAUUGUUGUGCGUUCCAUUGACAGGAAGUGAGGCGGAGCAUCGCAUAUCAUGUUGUCUGGGACUCUGCUAGUGUUUCUAAGUAGUCCAUGGACCUGAUUUGGAACUAGCUGGAUAGCCGUACACUAACUUAUUAAGAGGUUCAUUAUGGCGACCCCUGCGGAUGACACUGCAGCAGAUCUCCCAGUGAGGGAUUAUGGUCCAGGCAUUUCAGAAACCAUUACCUCCCAGAGUGCAAAGGCAAGACAAGCAGUUGCACGUGUUUCCAGGCAAGAGCUGGAAGAUCGAUAUUUACGUAUACACGAUGAGAACCUGUUGCUCAAACAACAUGCACACAAGCAAGAGGAUAAAAUAAAGAGGAUGGCAACAAAGCUUAUACGACUUGUACAAGACAAAAAGAAAGCAGAGCAAGGGCCUGGAGUUUUGAGAAGAACUGGGAAGGAUGUAGAAAUGGAAGAGAUGAUCGAGCAGCUGCAGGAGAAAGUACGGGAGCUUGAGAAGCAAAAGGAGAGCUUACAGAACCGCUUAAUAGCCGUCAAACAACAACUUCAGACCCAAGGACACCGACACACUCCUUACAAUUACAUACAGUCCCGGAUAAACUCUGGCCUAAGGAAAGUUACCGAGAACGUACUGAUGCAAGAAAACAUUCGCAAAGGAAUGCGGUUAGAGAAUUCCGAAGCUACCCCUAGAGCUACCCAAGCACAGCUUCCAAGAUAUGGACACAGUUUGCUUGAAGAAGCCAGAGCAGAGAUAAGAAAUCUUGAAAAUAUCAUAGAGUUACAGCGGAGUCGAAUAGAGGAACUAGAGCGCUCAGCGGACAUUCUCAGGGAUGAGCUGCACAGAAAGGAGAGGGAAUAUCAAGAAACAUUCCUACAGCUUAGAGAGCAGCAAACCACUGAUCAAAGGACAACAAUCAAAGACAAUGUUGUUGCCAUUAAGCUCCAGAAGCAGCUAGCAGACAAGAGCAGGGCUUUUACCGAAUUGGAGAGCAAGUUUCAUCUCCUUCAGGAAAAUUUAAAGACCAUGAAAGCAAGUCAAGAAACAUUUGUUAGUGAAGUAGAAAGCCUUAACAGCCAGCUAAAAGAAGAACGCUUGAAGAACUUUCAACUGGAGAAGCAAGUGCAGUCAAACACUUUCUCCCAUCGAAGGGUCGAAGAGCUACUUGAUCGAAUCAAUGAUUUGGAGAAGGAACGAGAUCUCUUAAAGCAGAACUCUGACAAAUUGUUCAACAGUGCUUUUGAAGUGAGCAACAGUCAAGAACAGCAACGGAAGUUGAGGGAGCAGCAGCUGAAACUUCAGAUUGCCCAACUGGAGGCUGCUCUCAAAUCCGAUCUUACUGAUAAAAAUGAGAUUCUAGAUAAAAUGAGAACGGAACGAGAACAAGCUGGGAAACUUGAUGAAGAGAACAGAAAACUCCAGCUGCGUUGUCUAGAACAGAAGCAUCAGCUCGAUGAAUUUCAGAACAGGCUGAAGUUUUUCACAAAGGAGAGCGAGGUAGACGUGGCCGAGCUCAGCGAAGCCUUGAUGCUUAUAAAGGCACGAAAGCAGCAAAGGAAUGGGGAGCUAAAGUUUUUGGAAAAGGUGGAGGAUGAUGUCAGUAAAGACCUUGAAAAAUCAUUACGAAACUUACAGGCGAACCAUGUCGAAACUGUCCAGGAGUUAGAGAAGACCAGAAACAUGUUGAUAAUGCAACAUAAGAUCAACAAGGAUUAUCAGGUGGAGGUGGAAGCAGUGACACAGAAGUUAGAGGACAUGCGCCGAGAUUACGAAAUAAAGUUGGAGCAGUACGCCCACCUUCUUGAUGUCAGAGCAGCACGGAUACGCAAACUAGAAGCCCAGUUGAAGGAUAUUGCAUAUGGCACAAAACAGUACAAGUUCACACCAGACGUAACACCAGAUGAUGAUGUGGAAGAAUUUGAUGAAUCCUUGCACUUACAAAGGGGUGAAAAUCUUCUUGAGAUACAUAUAUCUAAGGUGGUGUUCUCUCCAGCAGCUGUCAACAGCUUUGGAGACCAGGAACCCGCUACCUUCUGCACUUAUGCUUUUUAUGACUUUGAACUUCAGACCACACCUGUUGUGCGGGGUUUGCAACCAUCUUAUGAGUUCAGUUCUCAAUAUCGAGUACAGGUUGAUGACUUUUUGCUACAGUACGUACAAAAGAACACUGUAAGACUGGAGGUUCACUUGGCCAUUGGCACUGAUUAUAAGACUGUUGCUGUAUGUCAGCUGAGAUUCCAUGAAAUUCUGGAGAAGACUGGGAGAAUUUAUUGUAACGCUGUAUUAGUUGGGACUGACAAUGACAUUAAUAACUAUGGCACACUGGAGUAUUGGGUUAGGCUAAAAGUUCCCAUGGAACAAGCCAUUCGGCUCUAUAAAGAGCGUGCUAAGGCCCUUGGCUACAUUACAUCAAGCCUUAAGGAUCCACAUCAGAAUGAUCAGGCAUUAGCUGUGAGACAAUUGGAGAACCUUAGCCUGAAACAAGACAAUCUAAAUGAACUGUUUAUCACAAUAAAUAGCUGCAAUAAUUUGCAAUCUGGGGCCGGUUUACAACAGCCAUGCCCUUAUGUUGCCUAUACGUUUUUUAACUUCAGUGACCACUACACCCCCAUCAUUACAAGCAGCAAUAAUCCUCAAUUCGAAGAUUGCAAGUGCUUUCCAGUACCGAUGACUGCUGACCUGGACCGAUAUCUGAAGUCUGAUUCCCUUGUUUUAUAUGUCUUUGAUGAUGAGGAAAAGAGCAGUGCAUAUCUUGGUAAAGCCAAGGUUCCUCUCAUCCCUCUUGCUCAUGAUAAAUGCAUAUCAGGUACAUUUCAACUUACAGAUUAUAAGGGGAAUGAAAGAGGAACGAUUAAGGUUAUGUUAAAGUGGAAAUCUACUUACCUGCCACCAAGUGAAACAAUUCUGACAGGGUCAUUGGUGGAUGAUCUUCCAAAGGAAAUACCAUUGCCUGUACGCUUACUUAAGGAUGAAGAAGUGCAACCACCAAGACAGGAAACCUUAGAGCCUGUUGUUGUGGCACCACAGCCAAAGCCAAGGACACGGAAAUCUCCAACAGACAAGAAAGUAUCUUUCAUUGAAGCCAAAAUAGAAACCCUGAAUCCAGUCAAUCGAACUGGUGAUGAAGAAAAUACAAGGAAGAAUAAAAAUCCAAUAACUGUCUUAAACAUUUCUUCUGAGCCAAAGUAUGAUACUUCUGUUGAAGAUGAGUAUAUCAGAGAGGCAUUAAAGGAAUUAGUGCAUGAGAAGGAAUUGAGAUCUCCACCUUCAGAUCAACAAUAUAAAGCGCAAAACCUUGACUUAUCAGAAGAUGAAGUACCUGAAGACUUAGAGACAGAGGACCAAGAUGGGCGACAAACAACAGAUGGAAAUGAAACAGAAAGUGACAGUGAUGACUGCAUCAUCCCAGCAGCGCAGAGCAUAAAACCGUUCUCAGAGAAAAUCCACAUUGAGAUUAUAUCCUUGAGUUUGGAUGUCUCCUCAGAAGUUGUACAGAAUGAUACCGUAAAGCGAUUAUUUGUGGAAUAUAAAUUGUGCAGCCUUCCAGCUGAAGAGACUCCAGUUUCCCUUCCUAAACCCACCAAUGGGAAGAAGAUCUACUACAAUUACACAAGCGUGAUUCAUCUGGAUAAGUCAACUAAUCCCUCAAAUCGAGACUCUGUAAAAUCAAUUCUGCAAGAUCCAAACUCCAAUGCAAGCGUUAAAUUCACAGUGGUUAGUGAUCCACUCCCCGAAGAUGAGCAGGACCUGGAGUGUGACGACAUAGGCUUUAGUAGUGUCAGCCUGAGAGAAAUAUUACAGACAGGUCAAGACAUCAUCAACAGAGACCUUGAAAUUUAUGAUUCAGUGUCUGGAGAGAAUAUAAUUGGUAAGAUGACCGUGACAGUGGAAGCUGCAGAGACGCUUCGCUUCAUGAUGCGGGAUUAAAAAGACUUGGCUAUGUAUGGAAAAGGGAUUGCAGAACUUUGUUGCUUCCUCCAGAUUUGUUCCAGUUUUGAUUCUAAAAAACAGCUUUUAAUAUGUUGAUAGUAAAGUGAAUUUAAUAGAGAAAUCCAGGCCACAUAUCGCUUACCCUAACCCACGUUUUUCACUUUAAUAAUCAAAUUCUUGUUGUUUUCAAUCAAGCGCAAAGUCUCAUAAAUAUUUAACAGUUUCUAAAAGAGGUUCUCUGCAUGAAAUACUUGGCAGAUGUUUAUACUGCAAGAAUGUGAGCUACAAUGCUCAUUUGGUGUUAUGUAGACAGUUAUACAAUUGUUGUCCUUUAAAAUUAAUUUGUCACCCUAGUUUACCUGGCAAAAGGAAAUUUGUUUGGACUGGCCUCUAAAAAGAAAAAAAAAAUCGUAAAUGGAAAUCGUAUUUAUAUUACCCUAGGUUUUUAGCACUGUUUUGAUAUUGAUAAGAUUGUAUAAUGAUUCAUGUAGAGAGUUUUUAUAUGUGACAAACAAUAUGCACUUUUAUUUUGCUUUAUUUGCAUAUUUAUGGUGAUAAAAAUAUAACAAUUUGUAAAAAAAAAA